AUGCAGCAAGUCCUCCUGCAACCCAAUGAAAAGCCGAUGAUAUCAUUUAUCCUGCAGAAGGCCAUCACAUCACCCACCGGUAAAGGUGAUAAAGCAUGCACUGAUGUAAUUAGCCAAGGGGUUAUGCCGAGCGCGCUGCAAAGAGCCUACAAUGGGCUUAUACAGACGUUGAAUAAGCGUAUUCGCUGGUUGGAUACAAGAAGCUGUCAAUGUCUCACAAACGAAUGUGGUUUCCUGCCAUCUCACCUGGGUUUAUGCAACAGGUUAACCAUCAAAAUGCUUUUGACUGAAGCUCAUCUUGAGACUACACAGGCCUUUGGCGCUGCAUUCCUCCUUGGAGUAGUCGUACAUGUUUUUGUUCUACGCAAAGGAGAAUGGGAUCUUUGGACUGUCAAGCUCAUAAAGGCAUGGGCAACGUACGAGGUCACUGUCUCAUUGUUUCUCACCCAACUCUACUCCUUUUCAGUCUGGCAAGCUCUAUCAGUCACCAACAAAUGGUUCGCGUCAUUUGCUACGGGACUCUCAAUCAGUACUCUGGUGUAUCGAGCAUUCUUUCACCGACUGAACCGCUUCCCCGGUCCAUUUCUCGCGCGCCUCUCAGCUUUCUAUCCUACUUAUCUUACUGUUGAUGAAGAGCAUAUGUAUCUCGAAGUCCAGAAGCUCCAUGAGAAGUAUGGAGAUGUUGUGAGAAUUGGUCCUACCGAGAUCUCAAUCGCGACACCCAGAUCCUUCCGUGUCAUUCACGCGACCGCAUCACCGGCGACUAAAGCUCCAUUCUAUGGUAUUUCCCAUCCGUGGACCAAUCUUCUUGCUGAGCGACGAAAGAAGGAACAUGCAAACCGCCGCAAAGCUUGGGACAGAGCGUUCACUACCAAAGCUCUGCGUGACUAUGAACACCGAGUCCUCAAAUACACUAAACUCCUCACCGACCGCAUCGAUGACAUGAAGGGCAAACCAUUCAAUGUAUCCUUAUGGAUCAACUUCUACACCUUUGACAUCAUGGGUGAUCUUGCCUUUGGGAAGAGUUUCGACAUGCUCGCCAACAGAGUCGAACACAAAUUCUUUACUGAAUCUCACAAGACUCAAGGUUUCAUGGGCGCGUUUCGGCGACUCAUUUGGUUCUUCCCUCUUGUUGCGGCAAUACCGGUCGUGAAUAGCUCGUAUUUGGCUUUCCAGGCUUUUAUCAGGAAUCAAGUUGAGACUCGAAGAAAGAACAAACCAGCAGAACCAGAUGUGUUUAGUAGUAUUCUGGAUGAUUACGAUGCGAUUGGGAAGCCAACGGAGCAAGAUUAUAAUAACCUCUGUGGCGACGCUCAUCUUAUUGUUAUCGCUGGCAGUGACACCACUUCCUCUUCUACGACUUGUCUCUUGCAUCAUCUCGCACUUCACCCCGAUGCGCUAGCCAAGCUUCAGGCUGAGAUUGACGAUUACAAGAAUGCGCACGAGGAAUCUGACCUCAUCUCGCUAAGCAAGCUACAGUAUCUACAAGCUUGUAUCGACGAGUCUCUCCGUCUUUAUCCUGUUGUCCCGUCAGGUCUUCCAAGGAUGACACCACCAGAAGGGAUGCAAAUUGAUGAUGUCUACAUACCUGGGGAUACCAUCGUGCACAAUCCUUCUUACACUAUGUACCGGGAUGAGCGUUGUUUCGAGAAACCGAAUGAGUUUAUUCCUGAGCGAUGGACCACUAAGCCAGAGCUUAUCAAGGACGCGUCUGUCUACGCCCCAUUCUCAACUGGUACUAAUCCGCAGGCUUUCAUUGAUGGAUUGAGAGACUGUUACACUUUGGAACUGCCUAGGUUGGAAAUGGUGUUUACCCCAAGGGCCAGUGCUAACGGAAGAGCAUGA